AUGUCAACUCCACUUGCUAUGCUGUCUUCCAACCCAGUGACCUGGUGCUUCACUGUGGUGCUCACCGUCCUCUGUGUUAUGUCAAAAAUCUAUAGCCUAGAGUUCGGCUAUGCAAACUUUCUGAAGGAGAACUACGGUGAUUUCAUCUUCACCGACGGUUCAAGCAUCGGUGAUGGCGCUCUGCAGAUCACGCCAAACUCAGGCAACCCAACAUACCAAUCUGGGAGAAUCCUUUACAAGGAAACAUUCAAGCUUCGCAGAAGCAACCGGUCGACCCUUACCUCGAUCGACACUACCUUCGUGUUCAACAUACGCCCGUUGACUCGACCGGGAGGGGAGGGCUUGGCAUUCAUUCUCACAAACAAUCCGGCGCUCCCGAGCAACAGCGGCGGGCAGUGGCUCGGAAUAGUCAACGAUCAAACCAAUAAUAAGAUCGCGAACCACAUCAUUGCAGUAGAAUUCGACACAAGGAAGAGCUACCCCCAGGAUCUCGAUGACAACCAUAUCGGCCUCGAUGUCAACGGUAUCAUAUCCAAAGCUCAGUUGUCGUUUGGAUCUACUAAUAUUAACAUUUCAAGUGGCUCUGAUAUAGUAGUCAACCUCCAAUUUGAUGCCAUAUCAAACUUGGUUAAAGUUAAAGCUUCCACGUUCAACGAAACAAGAUUUCGGCUUAAGGAGCUCAAAGAUGCAACUGCAAACUUCGAUCCCAACAGGGAGCUCGGCAAAGGGGGUUUCGGAACAGUCUAUCGAGGUUGUCUGAAAUGGCAGGGCUUCAACAAGGACGUGGCUGUUAAGAGAAUCUUGAGUAAUUCACAUGGAGGAGACAGAGAAUUCAUCGCCGACGUGACCGCGAUCAGUCAGCUCCGUCACCGGAACCUCGUGGAGUUGAUGGGGUGGUGCCACGAGGACGACGAGCUACUCCUGGUGUACGAGUUCUUGAAUAGAGGAAGCUUAGAUAAUUACCUAUUUGGAGCGGGAAGAGCGACGGCGGAGUUCCCUAUCCUGAACUGGGAGAGAAGAUACAAUAUAUUAUGUGGGGUGGCCUCUGCUCUGGACUAUCUUCACCAUGGAAGCAGAAACAGGGUGCUUCACCGGGACAUCAAGGCGAGCAAUGUCAUGCUGGAUCACCAAUACACUCCUAGGCUGGGGGACUUCGGUCUGGCGAGAGUCAUCGAACGUGACGGCAAAUCCCACCACUCCACUGUUGCACUGGCUGGAACUCGAGGCUACAUGGCCCCCGAGUGCUACUUCACAGGUCGGGCCAGCGUUGAGACUGAUGUAUAUCCAUUUGGAGUGUUCGCCAUGGAGGUAUCAUGCGGCAGAAGGCCAGGAGGCAGGAUCGUACCUCUGAUGACGUCUGACAUCGCCCUUGUCAUUGCGUGGAGAACCGAGCUGCCGCAGGGUAUGGGCGUGCCUCGGUGGUCGUUCUCCUCUGCCUCGAUCGAGCGCGUUGGGUCAAGCAACGAUGAAGUCUUCGUCUGA